ACCUCUCUUAUUCUAUUUUUUAUUGAGUAGAUCGAUCAAGAGCGGUGAGGUUACCCUGCACUCAGACUCAAAGCCAAUUUCUGUUUUCUGUUACGUGGGAGACUGCGGAGAUGGAGGAUGGACGCUGAUCAUGAAGAUUAAUGGCAAUAAGAGUACAUUCCAUUACAAUUCCCAGUUCUGGAGCAACAGAAGUGCUUACAACCUUCCAGGAGGCAAGACUGGCUUUGACUUACAAGAGACAAAGUUGCCGACCUACUGGAACACACCCUUCUCCAAGAUCUGCCUCGGUAUGAAGAUUGAUCAUCAGCUCAGGUUCAUUGUCAUCCACAGGCACGCCAACUCACUGUUCUCACUGAUCGCUGAUGGGAAAUACCGUGCCACCUCACUGGGUCGUAACAGGUGGAAGUCGCUGGUUGGUCCACGGGCUUCCUUGCAGCUCAACUGCAAUAAGGAAGGAUUCAAUGUGGGAGACAGCCCUAGUCAUUCAAAAGCAAGAAUCGGCAUCACGGCUAACGAGCAGAAUCACUGUGGUUCCUGUGACUCCCGAAUUGGUUUUGGCACAGGAGGUUUCUCUGAUGAUUCCAACACGUGUGGAAAUCAGGCAACGCACUCGCCAGAUAAUGGAAACAAGCACAUCAAAGCCAUGGGUUACAUCCUAGUACAGUGACAGGAAACCCAGCCCAACUUCCCAAAUUUUAAGCCGAGAGGCCAUCAUGAAGAAGAAAAUGUAGUGUCCUAAAACC